GAUUUCAGCACGGUGCCAUCGAAAUGGUGGAUCGUAGGGAAAUAUUUCUCCUCCUUUGUGCUACUUUAGCAGUGCAGGCAUUAACAAUUGAUACAUUACCGGAAGCUGAAUCAGUUCCGGACACGGAAAUAAGUGAAGAUGUGACGGAAAAAAAGAAAAUUUCACAUUUUUCAGGUGUUGAAGAAAAUCCUGCGAAUGGCACUGAAAGUGAUUUAAGGAAGGGCUACUCCAAAUGCCCUUUGCAUGAGGAUUAUCUCAAGUGUGGCCCAACAUGUGAGGUCGACUGUACGACCAUUGGGAAGUCCUGUGACAACACGGACUGCCGCCCAGGAUGCUUCUGUCGGCCAGGAUACGUGCGAGAGGGUCCGGGGGGGAAAUGCAUUUUCCAAAAGAAGUGCCCAAGACCAACGUGCCCCAAACACGAGGAAUAUCUCUUCUGUGGUGAAGCCCCACCGUGUCAAGCAACGUGCGAUAACUUUGGGCAGGCAUGUGCCAUUAAAUCUUCUUCAUACUGCCCUCAAGGAUGCUACUGCAAGUUCGGUUAUGCACGUCAUCCAGUGACUGGGCAGUGUAUUCAUGCAAAGAGUUGUCCUUCCAUUGAGUACAUCCACGAGCCACCACCAGCAACGACGAAGAAACCCACAACAACAACAACCACCACAACAACACCUGCUGCUCCAAAAUCUUGCGGCAAGAAUGAGGAAUAUCUCGACUGUGGACCAGCUUGCCAAGUCGAAUGUUCCAAUUUGGGCAAAGACUGUCCCAUUAGGAAUGUCAAGUGCACAAGUGGAUGCUUCUGUAAGGCAGGCUAUGCCAGGGAUGGCCCAGGAGGACCGUGUAUUCCCCAAAAGAGUUGCUCAUAUCCGUAUUGCCCGAAGAAUGAGGUAUGGCUCAUCUGUGGACAAGCUCCUGCAUGCCAGGUGACAUGUGAAGCCCUCGAUGGUGACUGCGAGGGAAGGAAGUACAGCAAUUACUGCCCGUAUGGUUGCUACUGCGCCAAAGGAUAUGCCCGUCAUCCCGAGACAGGAGAAUGUAUUCGGAAGAAUGAUUGUCCCAAGGAACCAGUAUGUGGGGCAAAUGAGGAGUACGCAGCCUGUGGGUAUCGAUGCAAAGAAACAUGCCUCGCAGACAGCAAGAGCUGCUUGUUUGAGAAAUGCGAAGCUGGAUGUUUCUGCUCAAAGGGCUACGUCCGAAUUAAUGGGAAAUGUGUUCCUGCUGAUAACUGCGUCAAGAAAUGCCCACCAAAUGAAGAAUACAAUUCCUGUGGCAAAAGAUGCGAUGAAAGCUGCGACAAGCCCGAAGGAUCGUGCAAAUACGAAAUUUGCGAAAAAGGAUGUUUCUGCAUAAAUGGCUAUAAACGAGUAGGAGGUGUUUGUGUACCACUUUCCAACUGCCCACCACCAAAGUGUGCAGAUCCAAAUGAAGUGUACACAACCUGUGGAAAAUCUUGCAAUGAGGAUUGCAAGAAGUCAAGCGAUGACUGUAAGUACGAUGCGUGCCAAAAGGGUUGCUUCUGCGCAAAUGGCUAUAAAAGAGUACGCGGACGCUGCGUCCCGGAAGAAAACUGCGAAUGUCCAGCAAAAGAGGUCUACAAGUGCAGUACAGACUGCGAUGAGGACUGCAGUAGUAAUCCCUAUGACUGUUGGAAGCAGAAAUGCAGCAAAAAGUGCCACUGCGUUGGAAACUACAAGAGGAUCAAUGGAGUGUGUCAGCCUCCGGCAAAUUGUCAGUGCCCCAGCAAUGAGGAGUACACGUACAAUAGCAAAUGCAGUGAGCAAUGCAACACACCACCCAGUGCAGGUGCAGGUGAGAAGGAGUUCUUCGGUUGCUUCUGUAAGAGUGGCUUCAAACGAAUUGAUGGAGUUUGCGUCCCCGAUACCACCUGUCCAUGCCAACAAAAUGAGGAAUAUGUCUACGGCAACACAUGCGCCGAAGACUGCAGUAGUGGUCCUGAUGAUUGCAAAGAUGCUGAAUGCUACAGAGGAUGCUUCUGCCAGGAAGGAUAUAGACGAAUUAAUGGACUUUGUGUUCCCGACAAUGAAUGCUCCUGCCCCAAGAAUGAAGAGUACACGUGGGGAAGUGACUGCCUGGAUGAUUGUUACACACCCCCGGAAAAAUGUUUAUCGGAACUCAUUUACAAGAGAUGUUCGUGCAAACGUGGAUUCAAGAGAAUUAAUGGAAAAUGUGUUCCAGACGCCUUCUGCAAAUGCAAGAAGAAUGAAGUCUACAAAGCUGGGACGGAUUGCGAAGAGUUAUGCAGCUAUGGAGGAAGUGUCGACUGCUCACAGGCUGUAUGCUACAAAGGAUGCUUCUGUGACAAUGGAUAUGUGAGGAUCAAUGGAAAAUGCGUCCCAGGUGUUGAAUGUGGUUGCGGCGUGAAUGAAGAAUUUGUGAGUUCAAGUAAAUGCCAGGAAGAUUGUUCCAAAACAUAUAGUGACUGCCGUCAUGUACCUGAUGCCUUUGGAUGUUACUGCUUAAGAAAUUAUAAACGAAUCAAUGGCAAAUGUGUAAUCGAUGAUAAUUGCCCAUGUCCGAAAAAUGAAGAAUUUGGCUAUAUAACGGACUGCAUGGAAAGCUGCGAAGGAACUCCGGAAUUAUGUGCUAAUAUUAACGGCGAAAACAGAUGUACGUGCAAAGAAGGAUACAAGAGAAUCCUUGGGAAAUGCGUGAAGGAUUAUCUGUGUCCUUGUGAUAAGAAUGAAGAAUAUAAAUACGGAGAUAAAUGUCAUGACAAUUGUCAAGAAAACUACAAUAAUUGUCCCCAAGGGGAGACGUAUAAAGGAUGCUUCUGCAAGGAUGGAUAUGUUAGAGUCAAUGGCACAUGCCAGACAUUCGAUAAUUGUCUCUGCAGUGGAAAUCAAACCUACACGUACUCCAAUGAUUGCUUAGAAACCUGCGACGGUAAUCCAGAUAGUUGCAAAGAUCUACCACUUGAGGCAAAAUGCUACUGUUCUGAUGGAUUCCGCAGAGAUAGUAAAGGAAACUGCAUCCCUGACACAGACUGUCCAUGUGCUGAUCCUAAUGCCGAAUACAAACAAGGCAAAAGCUGCGAGGAUGAAUGUGUCCCAUCUGAUGAAUGCGCCGAUCAGGAAUGCUACAAAGGAUGUUACUGCAAAGAUGAUUACAAGAAGAUUUCAGGAUACUGCAAACCAGAUUCCGGUUGUACGUGCAGUGGAGCUAAUGAAGCUUACUACCCCUCAAACUCAUGCUUAGAAACAUGUGACGGCAAUCCAGAUAGUUGUGCUGGAAUAGCCUCAGAUAAGGGUUGCUUCUGUGCUCCAGGAUUCAGGAGAGACAGCACUGGAACGUGUGUCUCUGAAUCUGAAUGCACAUGUGCUGACCCAAAUGCCGAAUACAAACAAGGAAAGGGCUGCGAUGAUGAUUGUGUACCAUCUGAUGAAUGUAGUGAUGCACAAAGCUACAAGGCAUGCUACUGCAAGGAUGGCUACAAGAAGAUAGGAAAAUACUGCAAGCCAGACAAGUAUUGCACAUGCAGUAGUUCAAAUGAACUCUAUUACCCCUCCAAUAAAUGCCUCGAGAAAUGUUAUGGUAAUCCCGAUAGUUGCAGUGGUAUACCAACAGAGAAGGGAUGCUAUUGCGCCCCAGGAUACGUAAGAGAUUACAAUUGGGCGUGUGUUCCCGAUACUACGUGCACAUGUGCAGAUCCAAAUGCUGAAUACAAACAAGGCAAAUAUUGUGAGCAAGAUUGCUUGCCGUCUGAUGAUUGUGCAAAUCAAAUAUGCUAUAAAGCGUGCUACUGUAAAGAUGGCUUCAAAAACAUUGAUGGAUCCUGCCAACCGGACUCAGGAUGCACCUGCAGUGGAGAAAAUGAAGCUUAUCAAGUUCUAAAUGACUGCCUGGAUAAAUGUGAUGGAAAUCCUGACAGUUGCAGUGGAAUUCCCACAGAACAGGGUUGCUUCUGUGCUCCAGGCUACAGAAGAUGGAUCAAUGGAAAUUGCAUUCCUGAUAUAUGGUGUCCAUGUGUCGAUCCUAAUGCUGAAUACAAGCAAGGUAAGGCGUGUGAGCAAGAUUGCCUACCAGCUGAUGACUGUGCCGAUAAAAUAUGCUACAAAGGUUGCUACUGCAAGGAUGGAUACAAAAACUUUGAUGGGAAAUGUCUUCCUGAGUCGGGAUGUACGUGCAGUGGAGACAAUGAAUCGUAUCAAACAUCAAGCAGUUGUUUAGAAGCGUGCGAUGGGAAUCCCGAUAGUUGUGCAGGAGUUCCCACAGUGGAUGGAUGCUACUGUUCACCGGGAUACAGACGCAACAGUACUGGAAGUUGUGUUCCAGACUCUGAAUGUCCCUGUUCAGAUCCAAAUGCAGAGUACAAACAAGGAAAAUAUUGUGAGCAAGAUUGUGUUCCAUCCGAUGAUUGUGCUGAUCAAAUAUGCUACAAAGGCUGCUACUGCAAGGAUGGAUUUAAGAAUAUUGCAGGGAUUUGCCAACCUGAGACGAAUUGCGUGUGUGGCACAAAUGAAGCAUAUCAGACAUCUAAUGAUUGUUUGGACACAUGCGAUGGGAAUCCCGAUAGUUGUGCAGGAAUUCCAACAGAAGAUGGUUGCUACUGUGCUCCUGGCUACCGACGAGACAGUAAUGGUAAUUGCAUAGUAGACACUAAUUGUCCUUGCUCUGAUCCCAAUGCUGAAUACAAACAAGGAAAGUCUUGUGAACAAGAUUGUCUACCUUCGGAUGAUUGCUCAGAUCAAAUAUGCUACAAGGCAUGCUACUGCAAGGACGGAUACAAGAAUAUAGGAGGCACAUGUCAGCCUCUCUCCAAUUGCACGUGCAGUGGGGCAAAUGAGGUUUAUCGUAAUGCUAAUUAUUGUUGGGAAAGCUGCGAUAGUAAUCCAGAUGUUUGCUUUAGCAUUACGACCGAAUAUGGUUGUUACUGUGCAUUUGGUUUUGCUAGAGAUUCCAAUGGUAAUUGUAUUGAUCAAUCGCUAUGCCCAUGCACUGAUCCAAAUGCGGAAUAUAGGUCAGGAAAACCAUGUGAGGAUGAAUGUAUUCCAACAGAUGAUUGUAAUAUACAAAUAUGCGGAUUUAGUUGUUAUUGCAAAGAAGGUUUUAAGAACAUAAACGGAACUUGCCAACCAUUUACUGAUUGUUCUUGUCCCGGUGAAAAUGAAUCAUAUCAGAUUUAUAAUGAGUGCUGGGAAAGUUGUACAAGUUACAUUGAGGAAUGCAGGGCACUUCCUGCAGUUUAUGGUUGUUUCUGCGCUCUUGGAUAUAAAAGAGAUCCCAAUGGAAAUUGUGUUGAUGAAACUACAUGUCCUUGUGAUGAUCCAAAUGCAGAAUACAAAACGGGGGUGUUAUGCGAUGAUCAAUGCCUUCCAUCAGGUGAUUGUGGAAUACAGCUCUGUGGUAAAGCGUGUCUAUGUAAAGAUGGAUUUAAAAACAUUAAUGGAUCCUGUCAGCCAGUUAGUGACUGCUCAAGCCAAUGUCCUGGAGCAAACGAAGUUUAUCGCACAUUUAAUUACUGCUGGGAAAGUUGCGCAAGUGAUCCAGAUGUUUGUUCAGACAUACCAUCAGUUUAUGGUUGUUUCUGUGCACAAGGAUUUAAAAGAGACUCAAAUGGAGACUGCAUUGAUGAAACAACGUGUCCAUGCGCUGAUCCAAAUGCAGAAUAUAGAACAGGAAGAGCUUGUGAUGAUGAAUGUAUCCCACCUGCUGAUUGCGAAGCACAAACAUGUGGAAAAAAAUGCUACUGCAAAGAAGGAUUUAAAAAUAUCAAUGGAUCUUGCCAACCUUUCACCGAUUGUACAUGUCCCGGUGAAAAUGAAUCAUAUCAAAUGAAUAAUGCUUGUUUUGAAAGUUGUGAAAGCGAUGUUAACGUUUGCGUAACGUUCCUUCAGCCAUUUGGUUGCUACUGUUCUCCUGGAUUUAGAAGGGAUCCAAAUGGUAAUUGUAUAAAUCAGACUAUGUGUCCGUGUGAUGAUCCAAAUGCCGAGUACAGAUCAGGAAAGGAUUGUGAAGACCUAUGUAUUCCAACGGACACUUGUGAUGUUGAAGUAUGUGGAUAUAAGUGCUUCUGCAAAGAUGGAUUUAAAAACAUCGGAGGGUCUUGUCAGCCCCAAUCCAGCUGUACUUGUCCAGGUACAAACGAGGUGUAUGAUACGUCAAACAUCUGCUACGAUAGUUGCACAAGUGAUCCAGAUACUUGCAUUGAAAUCCCAACAACGCCUGGUUGCUAUUGCGCUCUCGGUUUCAAGAGAGAUGCAAAUGGAAAUUGUAUUGACGAAACUACCUGCCCUUGUGACGACCCGAAUGCAGAGUACAGAACAGGAAAGGAUUGUGAAGAUGAAUGUAUUCCACCUGAUGAUUGUGGUAUUCAGUUAUGUGGAAAGAAGUGUUACUGCAAAGAUGGCUUCAAGAACAUUGGAGGGACUUGCCAACCUGAGUCCAGUUGCACCUGCCCAGGUACAAAUGAAGUCUAUGACACAUCUAACGUCUGCUAUGAUAGUUGUACGAGCGAUCCAGAAGUUUGUGUCGACAUUCCAACAAUGCCCGGUUGUUACUGUGCAGUUGGAUUUAAAAGGGACGCAAAUGGAAAUUGUAUUGACGAGACUACGUGUCCUUGCACAGAUCCCAAUGCUGAGUACAGAACAGGAAAGGAUUGCGAAGAUCAGUGUAAUCCACCAGCUGAUUGUAGUGCACAAAUUUGCGGAUUUAAAUGUUACUGCAAGGACGGUUUUAAGAAUAUUGGCGGAUCCUGUCAACCUGAGUCCGGUUGUGCAUGUCCAGGAGCGAAUGAAGUAUACAGAGUUAGUAAUGAUUGCUUUGAAAGCUGUUCAGGUGUUCUAGCUGAUUGUUUAGCUACUGCUACGACCCCUGGUUGCUACUGCGCACCUGGAUAUAGGAGGGAUGCAAAUGGCGAUUGUAUUGUUGAAAGUACAUGUCCAUGCGAUGAUCCAAAUGCUGAAUACUCAUACUCAAAUGAUUGUUUACAACCAUGUGACGGUAAUUCAGUGACAUGCGCGGGUGUAGGCAUAAGAUCAGGUUGCUUUUGUAAAGAUGGAUACAAGCUGAUCGAUGGUUCUUGUCAACCAGAGAAUCAGUGUCCUUGCCCUAAUGCAAAUGAAGUCUACAAGGAUAUGAAAACAUGCGAAGAGGAAUGUACUCCAACGGCAGAUUGUGAAUUCGAAGAAUGCGUCAAGGGUUGCCACUGCAGGAGUGGCUUCAAACGUAUUGAUGGAGCUUGCGUUGCGGAAGCUGGAUGCAACCCAUGUGGCCCAGAUGAAGUUUACAAAUGCGGAAGAGACUGUGAGGAUCAACUGUGCGGUCUCUUGGAUAUAAAUCUUUGCUUGGAUCUCCCAUGUCAGAAUGGCUGCUACUGCCAAGACGGUUUCCUCAGGCUUCUCGGAAUUUGCGUUCGAGUUGAUCUUGGUGUCAGUCUCUGCCCUUGUGCGGCACAGGGUCAAGAGUUUGGUUGCAAGAGUGAUUGCUCUCAGUCUUGCGAGGAAAUCCCAUCGCAAUGCGACGAAACCAACUGCAGAUGGGGAUGUCACUGCCUCGAUGGAUUCAGGGAGCAGGGUGGUGCGUGUGUCCCAGAAGCGCUCUGUGCUUGUGGUGCAAAUGAAACUCCACGAACGGGUAAAACAUGCGAGGAUGACUGCAGUGUUACACCAGCAGCGUGCACCGCAUCCAGUGAUCCAACUGGCUUCAAAUGCUUCUGCAAUCCUGGCUUCUGCCGAGGAACCGACGGAACAUGCGUUGUACGUACAGUUAACAGAAAGAAAUUCCACAAACUCUUGUGGUGAUAGCAGUAUAAGCAAAAAGGACUCAGUUUACUCAAUUUUUAAUGAUCAUCUUAAAGCAUUUUUUGAUAUUAACAUUUCUUUUAAUUAAAACGAAAAAAAUUGGACUAUAUAUUUUUAUGUAUUUUGUACGUCAAAAUUGUAAGCACUGAGAAAUAAAUAAUAUUUUCGAAGAAA